AUGGCUUCAAUGCGGGAUCAAAAAAUCGAACAGCAACGGCAAAUGAUGGAACAGAAGAUGAAACAGAAACGCCAGAAUUCUGGAUUGGUUCAGGCAAACGAUCUCAGGGUAGGGUCUGCGAAACGUCCAAUAUCAGGCAGCCGUUCCCGGGAGCUCCAUGGCUAUGAUGGUCCGAUGCAAUUUCUUAUGUCGCCAGUCAAUCCGGACCAAGUUAUACCUCUUCAAACAAAUAGAAUAUCAACCUUUGAUGAGCUAGGCAAUCAGAUCGAAGUCCUGACGGUUGGUGAAGGUGAUGGUAGCGGUGAGGAAGAUGAAGAGAGCGUCCCAGUAUGUAGCGUGGGACGGGACGCUAGUACCGACGAUGUGUGCGCCGACGCAGCUGUCGCGCCGCUACACGAUAAGCCGCGAAGGGACAGUUCACCCACACAGGUUUACCAGAAGUGGGGUAAAACCAAAAGCAAAAAAAAGAAAGAUAAAGCGCAGGCGCCAAAGUUUGCUUCAAAGGCUCCAGAAAUUGAGGGUUCAGUGGAAGGUGCAGUGGAACAGUUUGUGGUAACACCAGCUAAACAUGGCACGCUGUACAAAUGUCGCAUUGCCAGGGAUCGGAAGGGCAUGGACAGGGGCCUUUACCCUACAUACUUUUUGCACCUCGAAAAGGAUUAUGGCAAGAAAGUGUUUUUGCUUGCCGCCCGAAAGCGCAAGAAAUCAGCCACGUCGAACUACCUGAUAUCAACAGAUCCUACUGAGCUGACUCGCACGGCAGACAGUUUUGCUGGGAAGCUUCGGUCCAACCUCCUCGGUACUGCGUUCACAGUGUACGACAAUGGCAAGGCGUGGAGGAAGCAUGACCAUGCUCAUACCAGGCACGAAUUGGCUGCUGUUGUUUAUGAUACCAACGUGCUUGGCUUCAAAGGUCCAAGAAAGAUGACAGUCAUCCUUCCAGGAAUGACGCCGGACCGCCAACGCGUCACCAUCGCACCGCAAGAUGACAGCGAGACCCUUCUGGAAAGACUCAAGAGUCAGACCUUGGAUGACAUAGUAGUCCUUCAUAACAAAACUCCAGUUUGGAACGAUGAAACCCAAUCCUACGUGCUGAACUUCCACGGAAGGGUGACUCAGGCAAGUGUGAAAAACUUCCAAAUUGUCCAUGAUUCAGAACCAGAUUACGUCGUGAUGCAAUUUGGACGGAUAUCCGAAGAUGUCUUCACUAUGGAUUUCCGAUAUCCGCUCUGUGCUUUACAGGCGUUCGGUAUUGCACUCAGCUCUUUCGAUAGCAAAUUGGCUUGCGAAUAG